GCGAGAGUCUCCUCUCCUCAGAACCUCUGCCGCAUCUGUGGCAACGUACCAAGAGGUCAAACAGUUUUAUCGGUUACUCAAGGAGAAACAUGCCUUAUAAACAGUAACCCGUUCAACGGAAGUAACCGCAGUCAGUAUUAUAAUAUUCAAGAGCAGGUCCAGUUGCAUUUCCUCUGGGUCAGGCCUUGACAUUAAGGAAGGCCAAAAGGAAUUUAAGCUGGAUAAAAAAAGAAGAAGAUAAAAACAUAACUUUAAACCAGUGGACAUUCAGACCAGUGACUGUCCACCAUGUUGUCCAAGUUGAGAGCAACCUGGUCCCUGAGACCCCGUGUCUCUGUUUGCAGAUGGGCACACACCAAAGAGAAGGGCAAGCCCCUCAUGCUCAACCCUCGCACCAACAAAGGCAUGGCCUUCUCUCUACAGGAACGACAGAUUUUGGGGAUACAUGGUCUGUUGCCUCCCAAAGUGGAGACCCAGGACAUUCAGGCCAUGCGUUUCCAGAAUAAUCUCAAGAAGAUUACUGAUCCCCUGCAGAAGUACGUGUACUUGAUGGGCAUCCAGGAAAGGAAUGAGAGGCUUUUCUAUAGGGUGCUGAUGGAAGACAUCGAAGAACUGAUGCCAGUUGUCUACACUCCCACUGUAGGCUUGGCCUGCACACAGUAUGGACACAUCUUUAGAAGACCCAAAGGCUUGUUCAUCUCCAUUCUGGACAAAGGACACAUCCGUUCCAUCCUAGACAACUGGCCUGAGACUAAUGUUUCAGCAGUUGUAGUAACCGAUGGAGAGCGCAUUUUAGGAUUAGGGGACCUGGGUGUUUAUGGAAUGGGCAUCCCUGUUGGAAAACUUUGCCUGUACACCGCCUGUGCCGGCAUUAGACCUGAGAAAUGUCUGCCUGUGGUGAUAGAUGUCGGCACAGACAAUGAGACUCUCCUGAAAGAUCCGCUGUACAUGGGGCUGUACCAGAAGCGAGAUCGCUCUCAAGCCUACGAUGAUCUGAUUGAUGAGUUCAUGGAAGCUGUGGUGGACAAAUAUGGGCAGGACACACUGAUCCAAUUUGAAGACUUUGGGAACCACAACGCCUUCCGCUUCCUGAGGAAGUACAGGGAGAAGUACUGCACCUUCAACGAUGAUAUCCAAGGCACUGCAUCUGUAGCCCUUGCUGGUCUGUUAGCAGCUCAGAGAGCCAUUGGCAAACCUAUCACUGAACACCGGGUGCUUUUCCUGGGAGCUGGAGAGGCUGCCCUUGGUAUUGCCAAUCUGAUUGUCAUGGCUAUGAUGGAAAGCGGGAUGACGCAAGCUGAAGCCAGAGAAAAGAUCUGGAUGUUCGAUAAACAUGGCUUAAUAGUAAAGGGCAGACCGCAGGAAAUAGACACUAACCAGGAAGCAUUUGUCCAUGAUAGUCCAGGGAAUGCACAAAGCUUCCUAGAUGCUGUCAAUACCAUCAAACCUACAGCUAUCAUUGGUGUGGCAGGAGCUGGACGUCUUUUCACCCAUGAUGUCAUCAGGGCCAUGGGAUCCCUGAAUGAACGACCAAUAAUCUUUGCCCUGAGUAACCCAACCACCAAAGCAGAGUGCACAGCGGAGGACGCCUACACACUCACUGACGGUAGAUGUCUUUUUGCCAGUGGCAGUCCAUUUGGGCCAGUAACUCUGAGUGAUGGCCGUGUCUUCACUCCUGGACAAGGGAACAACGCUUACAUCUUCCCAGGUGUGGCCUUGGCUGUGAUCCUGAGUGGAGUGAGACACAUAAGUGACACAGUAUUCUUAGAGGCUGCCAAGACGCUUGCAGAGCAGCUGACAGAUGAAGAGCUGCAAGAAGGCAGACUUUAUCCUCCUCUCUCCAACAUCAGAGAGGUCUCUGUUCAGAUGGCGGUCAAGGUGGUGGAGUAUGUCUAUGCUAAAGGCAUGGCAUUUCGCUACCCUGAGCCAGUGGACAAGAACGGCCUUGUACGUUCUACUGUGUGGAACACCCACUACGACUCCUUCCUGCCAGACACCUACGACUGGCCAGGGGUCAGCUUCAGCCCCAAGACUGACUAGAAGUAGAACAGACCCGCACUGUGCCCCAUGUCACUCUUGCUUUGUUUUCCACUGAAAUCUCAAUAGUUGCAUUAGUGCAAACAUCUGCUUAUGAAAAAAGGCAGUAGAAGCCCCUUACUGCCGCCAUGUUACUGCUAUUUGCACUAAACCAUGCAUCACACGUAAACCUGCACAGCACCUGGAUGGCCACCUGGUGGUGGAAAAAGGCAGUGUGGAAAUCUGAUAGAGUGGAUGAUAACAAAAAGCCAAAACAUUAUUGUAUGGUUAUUCCUACCACCUGUUUUAGUCAUAAAACACAUGGGAAUAAGUAACCCUUUUGUUUGGAAAUACCAUUUGUUGUGUACACUCCUGAGUUCACUAACUAUUAAUCUGACUAUAUGUAGCUACCUAGAUUGCCAAACUUAAUUCACAGGUUUUAACAUGCAGUAUGGACAUUGCCUUUUUCCACAUCAAGUGGGCCUUUGGUGGUUUGACUGUUCCAACCAAUGCCCGACAUAUGCUUAAAGACUCCUUUUUAACCCGUGCUUCAAUUGGAUACAUUGGUUAUCAGAGAAGGUGUAGUAGAGCUGAGUUAUAAAGAAUCCAGCCUUUUGAUCAAACUAGGGGAGAAAGAGAGGAAACAAUGUAACUGGAGUGCGUAAAGAUAAUGAUGAGAUUUUAUAAUGGGAAAUUUAUAUCUAAAAACACAAAACGAAAGUACACUCCAGCAUUUCAUUUGUGUGAAUGCUUUUGUCACAUUUUCUUUAUUUCUAUGAAUUUAUUUUAUUUUAUUUUUAUUUUUGUGGGUUGUAUUUAGAUCGUGUGCUAUAUAGUCAUCAACACUCCUUUUAUUGAGUUGUAGUAAGAAGAAUCCAUCCCUAUUAUAAAUUGCCUGUUUGCCUAAUUGUGAUCAAAUUUAAUAUAAACUAUACCCUAAAUAUUUAAAGAAACAAUGUGCAGUAUCAAUUGAUUGAAACCCUUUGAUACUACAGUUUCAGUUGUUAUUAUUUUUUGUUUUCUGAACAUGUCCUUUUGUAGAAACUAAAACUGUCUGCUGAAAGAGUAUUUUAUAAAGUUGUGACAUACAUGUGUGUUGGCAGGUUGGUGUGUGGGGUUUCGCUCCUUGGAACAUAUUCAACAGGACUCAUUAGUUGUCUUGUUAAAUAUGUUGAAUAGGCUAGGAUUCUAGUGAAUGUUCUGAUCUACUAUUAAUAACAAAUAAAAACAGUAACAUAGUCACGAUAUCUCAGAUUAACACAAGCUUUGCUCAUGUAGUAUAUCUAUUUUGCCUUUAUUUAGAGAUGGAAAUUUAGACAAUCCAAGUUUAUUUGAAAUCUACCUUUUAAUAAGGCAAUUCAGAAUGCUGUACAUGAGAAAUACAAGUAAUUAUGUCUUAUGUACAAAUUUAAAAAAUACAUCCCACCUCAUGAGAAACUAUCCUGUCGGAUACUUUGUGGUGAGCACUACAUACUUUCACGUGUGUAUAAAGACUUUCUGGUGGGCAAGACAAAUGUGUUGUUUUUUGUUUGUUUUUGGCUAAUGUCCCGUUAGGGGCUCUGUAAAAUAGAAGAUAAUUACAGUGCAGCUACAGUGCAGUCCAUGAUAAUAAUAAAUACCUAGAUCCAUUUAAUAAAAGGCAGUGGAAAAGUC